CCCCUGUGUGAACCGACUUAGCGACAACUUCACAUCAGUGGUGGUUUUUUCUGUGAAAAUUUUCUUUCGUAUUCCCAUUGAAAUCGCAGUAUAAAAUGCUUGGACGUGCAUCAACGCUGGUCAGGAGCACCCUCAGCAACUCCAUUCGCUAUGGAUCACACGGUGGAGUUCCGGGAGAGAAUCUGCCCUUCCAGCUCCACAAUAGAUACCGCCUUACAGCGUGGUUCUGCGUUUUCUUCGGAUCCGGACUUGCCUUGCCAUUCUUGGUUGUCAGGCACCAGCUGCUGAAGAAGUAAUCCGGAUAUCCCCGAUAUGCAUUGAUUAGAAUUCUUCACAAAAAUAGUCCAGGAAGUUAUUGAUGUAAUUAAAGAAAAACUGAGAGUGUACCCCAGA